AUGAUUCAGCGUUUGUCCUUUCAAGACGAAAUAGCCUCUCUUUCGCAAAAUCCAAAUGCUCCACUUAAGAGCAAACUACAAAAAAUGAAUCCGUUCCUCGAUAAAGACGGUUUGUUACGGAUCGGAGAGAGGUUGAAACAUUCUGUUCUGCCAUUUUCACAACGACACAGAAUCAUUUUGCCUAAAUCAGACGUAACCGAUGCGGAUGAUUGUUCCGAUUCAUCGCAGAUUACAUCUACCUUCUCGCGGACGGAAGGUGCUGGUCCCUUCCCUCCGCCGCGGGAAACGGUGGAACCGUCCGCCGAAUCGAGUGAUGCCCUGGUCUCCCCUUUCGAGCGUGCCGAGGUGCUCCGUCGACUCAGAAGGAUGAAGAACUCAUCCCCUGGGCCCGAUGGGGUUAUCUACGAGGACCUCAAGAGGGCUGACCCGGAUGCUGCGGUCUUAACCGCCUUAUAUAACGCCAUGUUUCCGCCUGGGGCAUAUUCCUCGCGGAUGGAAGCAGAGUCUGAUCGUGCUUUUGUACAAGAAAGACUCUCGCGAAGAUCUGAGUAA